AUGGCUGGCCGUGCGCUGUUGGUGUGCGCCCUCUGCGCGCUGUGCUGCGCCGCCGCCGGGGGCUGGGCGGCGGAGGGGGACUACUGCACGGAGCGCGACUGGAGGGACUUGCGGGCCGUCGCGAAGGACAUGAGCGACGCGGAAAUUGCGGCGAAGUACUGCGGCCGCAAGCCGGAGUUUGUGCGUGGGCUGCUGGCGAGUCUGCAGGGCGAUGGGGCGGAGGAAGGGGCGGUGUCUGGUCCCGGCGGAGGGAGCGGCGAUGUCGAAAGAAAAGGCCCGCGAGCCUCAGGGGAAAGCGCCGAAGAUGCAUCGGAGGAAAAGCCUGCAGGUUCGGGGGAAGUGGAAGGUACAAAGGGACCAGGCGCACCACAAGGAGUAUCUCCAGCAGCAGGCCCGACAGCAGAGCUCUCACAGCCACAAGCAGGGAAGCCUAAAAAUGAGGUGGACGCCGGCGUUGUGUUGGACGCCAAGGAACCCUCGGCCCCAGCGGAUGUCGUAAACAAUAUGUCAGCUGGAAGUGAACCGGAAACAGCUCUACCGACCACCUCUCAAACUCCCGGUGGUGCUGCCAGCAGUCAGGCGCAAGAAGCCAAUGGAAAGGAUGGCAACAGCACUCCAGGGCUCGAUGUCGUAGUGUCAUCGGCACAUACGACAAGGCAACCAGAGGCGGCGUCGACACCACCAAAGCCGCCAACGCCAACGUCAACUGAAGGGCCAGGGGGAACAGGGAAGGAGAUGACAUUGGAGAAGACUCCUUCGAAGGAAAAAGUUUCUGAGGACAGUGUGGCCAGUGAUGACAAUAACGGCGGUGACGAAAAAGCUAAGUCAAAAGAAGCCGUGCCGGCCCCAGCUGACACAAGUAAUACACCGGAUGGAAGGGCAGUGGAUGCAGCUCAACUCACUGCCCCUUCGGGCGGCGGUGGGACUUCAGGCGAACAGACUGGAAAGAAGGCUGAGGCGAUUGCCGAAGUUCCUGCAGGGUCUGUUGCCGCAGCGGCCCCAGGAGUCCAACAGCAAGGUGUAGCUGCCGCUGGUACACCGACGAGCAGCGACAAGCAACCGCCGCCAACAGCAGGGGACACCGCCACUGAGGCCAGUCACGCAGCGACCACGACUGGCGGUGGCAGCAGCAGCACCGCGGCGCAGACGCAGCCGGAGAGUUCCGUGGUGGCAAACGAAGCAGGCCAGCCACAACAAAAGGAGCAUCCCGCAGUGCCCACUUCCCAAAGUCAAGCGGAAACGAGUGGCGAGAGAGGAGAAGCCACUCAGCCGGCAGCGGGGGCGGCUGCUCAAGCGGCGACCACCACCAAUUUGACGAGUGCAGUGAAGGCGGCGCCCGGCGGCAGCGACGGCAGCAGCACCGCGGCCGCGCCCUCCGCCUCCCCCCUUGCGCUGCUUCUUCUGCUUGCGUGUGCGGCCGCCGCUGCGGUGCUGGCCGCGUGA